AUGAGAAUAGGUUGCCUCCAGUUUAGCCCUCAAAUGGCUGCAAUCGAUGACAAUUUAAACCGCGCCGAUGCUGUGCUUAAUCGGGCUAACCCGGACGACCUUGAAGAUUUGGAUAUCCUGGUAUUGCCCGCAAUGGCUUUUACCGGCCAAAACUUUCUUUCGUUGCGGGACAUAUCGCCAUUCCUCGAACCGGUCGGUUUAGGAAUCAGUGCCCUCUGGGCUCGCACAACAGCACUCAAAUACAAUUGCAAAAUAGCAAUCGGCUACCCCGAAAAGGCGGAUUCCUUAUCCAGUUUCCUCUUCCAGGGCGCAUUUUUUAAUUCGUUAUUAAUGGUUAACGAAAACGGCGAAACCCUGGCAAAUUAUAAAAAGCAGCAUUUGGAUUAUGCCGAUAAAAGGUGGGCAUUCGAAAGGGCCGGAGGGUUUUUCCACGACGUAAUCGACGGGUUGGGGCGAGUUACUAUGGGAGUGUAUACAAAUAUCGACCCUUCCGAAACACUAUGGUACCAGUUCGAAUUCGUUUUUAAUAUUUUGGAUUUUAAAGCAAAUGUCGUUAUUGUUUCCAUGGCCUGGAGUGCCAGCGUUUUCGAUAACCCCGCCUCUUUCUAUAGCAAGCCGGACGAGCCCCAUAUGGCCACGCUGGAGCAUUGGGUCAAGCGCAUGGAGCCUCUUAUCCGUGCCGAUCGCGACGACGAGAUCAUCUUCGUUUUCGCGAACCGUUAUGGCAACGAAGGCGACGUUUUAUAUACCGGAUUUUUAGCCGUUAUCGGGAUUUGUAACGGAAAGCUGUUCGUUAUCGAUACCGAUAAGGAGCCUUUAGCUAGGUUUGUUAGGCGGUCCGGUAAAAAAGCUACCGACGAUAGCUGCGAUAUUGUCGGCGAUGAUUUGUUCGGGCCUGUACGCACUAUUGAGGAGCUCGCUAUCCUUUACAGUUCCCGGAAUAUAUAUCCGACAAACGAAAUCGAUACCCGCGAAUUAACGUUAAUUUAUAUACCGGAAAAUACAGUUGAAAUUUUUACGAAUACCUCCACGAACAUUCGCCCAAAAUCGCCCAAAAAGACCAGGCAUUUGGCUUGUGUACAGACCCAAAUGCCUAUUUCCAACCGAUCGUAUUACUUUGAUUUUGCAAUGCGAAAACCAGCCACCGGAAACGCGUUUGUACAAACUAUAACCACGCUUAUAACUGUCGAAAUCACAAUUGCGGCGACGAAUGGCCUCGCAUUAGAUGAUACGGUUUCGAUAAGUGAAGAGCCGUUUGCCCUGGAGGCUGUAGCGCCAGAUGGCAAUGCGGGGAAACGUUCGGCGGAUGACAAGCCAUUUGUAUCGCUUGAUAUUGAUAUGAAAAAGCUGUUUAACAGGGGGUUGGCUUUUGCGGAUUUCGUAUGGGGAGUAAUGGGCGGAAGUGUGGAAAGUGUGGAAAAUGUGGCGGUUGUAGCAGUCGACGUAUUGGCCGCCGUCGUGUUUAAACUACCCAACCCGGGCCUAGGUGGUGUAAAAAGUUUUGGUCCAUUUACCGAGGGUAUUGGCUCUUCGGGAAUAAUUAUAGCAGUAUAUUCGUUUAUAUAG